AAGAUUAAACUCUGAACACCGGUUUACUUCCGCUUUCGUUUUCGACUUAAAUUGUAAUUUGAUUGAAGAGAUGUCAACCAAAAAGAUAGGUAUUUUAACGGAGUUCAACUAUGAAGAUAUCGAACUGUGGUACCCCUAUUACAGACUGAAAGAAGAGGGCCAUGAGGCGUUUACAGUUGGGCCCGAAAAAGGGAAGACUUACAAUUCCAAAAACGGAUACCCGUGCAAAGCAGAGUACGGCAUUGACGAAAUACAGGCAGCGGACAUAGAUGGUCUGAUAAUCCCUGGAGGCUUUGCCCCGGACUACUGGCGUCGGGACGAGCGGAUUCUCUCCCUUGUUCGUGACCUUGACGCUGCCGGAAAAGUCCUGGCGUCCAUAUGUCACGGCCCGUGGGUUUUAAUAUCCGCUAAGGUCAUUAGAGGUCGGAAGGUCACGUGCUUUUCCGCGAUCAAAGACGACGUGGAAAAUGCUGGUGCCGAUUAUUCGGACUGUCCGGUUGUCGUUGACCGCAACAUGGUGACGUCACGGUUGCCCAAAGAUCUACCGGAUUUUUGUAGAGAAAUAAUUGCAUUGCUCAAAAAAUAAAAUGUGAUAAAGUUUUUCGGUAAAAAUUUAAUAUACUGGCAUUUGACUAUUUUGAAGUUUCAAAAAAUUUGAAAAAAAUGAUUGGUUUCCAUGUCAUAACAAAAUGCUAAUUUGUUUGUGAGUUGAAAGGUUGUAACUGGACACAAAUAUGCCGAAUAUCACGAACGGAUAUCACGAAUUGUGUUUCAUGAUGUUUAUUUGCGAUAUCAUAUGAUAUAGUAUUAAAUAUAGAUGUUUGUUAAAAUAACACUGAAGAAAUAAGUAUAAUUAAAUAAAGUCAGAAACACAUCUAAAA